AUGUCGGUUCAGAUUUUUGGCGAACAGGCCAGCGAAGAAAGAGCGGAAAAUGCUCGUAUGUCUGCGUUUGUCGGAGCCAUUGCCGUGGGUGACUUGGUGAAAACCACCUUGGGCCCAAAAGGAAUGGACAAGUUGUUGCAGUCAGCUUCGGAUCCCGAAAGAUCCAUGGUUACCAAUGACGGUGCUACGAUUUUGAAGUCGAUUCCAUUGGACAACCCCGCAGCCAAGGUGUUGGUGAACAUUGCUAAAGUGCAAGAUGAUGAAGUGGGCGAUGGAACUACUUCGGUGACAGUUCUUGGCGCCGAACUUUUGCGAGAGGCAGAGAAGUUAGUGGAAAAGAAAAUACAUCCACAGACCAUCAUUGAAGGCUUUAGAAUUGCUAGGAACACGGCCAUUGCUGCGUUAGAAAACGUGGCUGUCAACAAUGCCGAAGACACCCAAAAGUUCAGAGCAGACUUGAUCAAUAUUGCCAAAACCACACUCUCUUCAAAGAUCUUGUCGCAGGAUAAGGACCACUUUGCAGAGUUGGCAGUGAGCGCCAUUUUGCGGUUAAAAGGCUCGACCAACUUGAACCACAUUCAAAUUAUCAAGAAGGCUGGUGGCAAGUUGGCCGACUCGUACUUGGAUGAAGGUUUUAUUUUGGAAAAGAAGUUUGGUAUCAACCAACCAAAGAAGAUCACUGACGCAAAGAUUUUGGUGGCUAACACAUCGUUGGAUACCGACAAGGUGAAGAUUUUCGGUGCCAAAUUCAAAGUGGACCUGACGUCUAAGUUGGCAGAAUUGGAAAAGGCCGAGAAGUUGAAGAUGAAGAGCAAGGUGGAGAAGAUCAAAAAGUUUGGCAUCAAUGUUUUCAUCAACAGACAGUUGAUCUAUGACUACCCGGAGCAGUUGUUCACUGAUGCCAAAAUCAACUCGAUUGAACAUGCCGAUUUCGAUGGUGUUGAAAGAUUGGCUCUUGUCACAGGCGCAGAGGUUGCAUCCACUUUUGACAACCCGGACAAGGUCAGAUUGGGUCACUGUGAUUCGAUCGAGGAGAUUCUUAUUGGAGAAGACACAUUCCUUAAAUUCUCAGGCGUUGCCGCAGGAGAAGCGUGUACUGUGGUCUUGAGAGGCGCAACCGAACAAGGUUUGGACGAAGCAGAAAGAUCUUUGCAUGAUGCCCUUUCGGUUUUGUCGCAGACCACAAGAGAGACCAGAACAGUAUUGGGUGGUGGAUGUUCAGAAAUGAUCAUGUCGAAGGCAGUGGACCAGGCAGCAGCCAACGAAACAGGCAAGAAAUCGCUUGCUGUAGAAGCGUUUGCGCGUGCUUUGCGUGCUUUGCCUACUAUCUUGGCCGACAAUGCAGGUUUCGACUCAAGUGACUUGGUGACAAAGUUGCGUUCUGCUGUGUACAACGGUAUCACUACUUCUGGCUUGGACUUGAACUCAGGAAAGGUUGCAGACAUGCGAGACAUGGGCAUAGUGGAAUCUUUCAAGUCGAAAAGAGCAGUGGUUUCUUCUGCUGCUGAAGCGGCUGAAGUAUUGUUAAGAGUGGACAAUAUUCUCCGGGCAAAGCCAAGAACUGCGGACAGAAACCACUAA